AAUAAAAGAAUUCCAGGCGGCCUGUGUUUUUAUGAUAGAUUUUUCAUAACUCUGCUGAGUUUCUCAUUCUGAGGAUGUCUGCAUCAAGGGCUUGGACGGUAGGAGCUGUCUUUCUUAUGUGGUUCUUUGGGUCCUCAUUACCUAUUGGAGCACAAGAUCGCUUUACGGACCCCAUUGAAGUCCAGGCAUUACGAGACGUCAGGAGCACUUUGAUUGAUACCAAUAAGAAUUUGAGUAAUUGGAAUCGUGGAGACCCAUGCACAUCCAAUUGGACAGGAGUUUUGUGCUUCAAUACAACUCUGGAUGAUGGCUACCUACAUGUUAGGGAACUGCAACUAUUGAAUAUGAAUCUUAGAGGGAGUUUAUCACCAGCGCUUGGCCGCUUAUCUCGUCUAAAAAUAUUGGAUUUUAUGUGGAAUGGCAUAAGUGGAGGUAUACCAAAGGAGAUUGGCAAUAUUACAUCCUUGGAACUUUUGCUUCUAAAUGGAAACCAGUUGACAGGUCCUUUGCCUAAAGAACUUGGUUAUCUUCCAAAUCUGGACAGACUACAAAUUGACCAGAACAACGUAUCUGGACCAAUACCCACAUCAUUUGCAAAUUUAAAUAAAACAAAGCAUUUUCACAUGAACAACAAUUCAAUUAGCGGACAAAUUCCUCCUGAACUCGCCAGUUUACCAUAUCUUAUUCACUUCCUUCUGGACAAUAACAAUUUAUCCGGGUAUCUUCCAUCAGAGUUCUCCAAAAUGCCGAAUUUAACUAUCCUUCAACUUGAUAACAAUAACUUUGAUGGGACUACAAUUCCAGAUUCUUAUGGCAACAUGUCUAAAUUGUUGAAGUUAAGCCUGAGGAACUGUAGCUUGCAAGGACCAAUCCCUGAUCUAAGCAGGAUACCCCACCUUGCUUAUUUAGACCUUAGUUCAAAUCGGCUAAAUGGUACCAUACCUACAUAUCAGCUUUCUCAAGAUAUUACAACCAUUGAUUUAUCCAAUAAUGAACUUACUGGAAGCAUUCCUGCCAACUUUUCCAGCCUACCUAAUCUUCACAAACUGUCACUUGCCAAUAAUUCAUUGAAUGGUUCUGUUAUGUCCUCCCUUUGGCAGAACAAGACUUUGAAUGCAACACAGAGACUCAUCCUGGAUUUAGAGGACAAUAUGCUUACUAAUAUUUCGGACAGCAUUAACCUCCCUCCAAAUGUCACUCUCUGGCUCAAAGGGAACCCUGUGUGCACAAAUGGAAAUUUAAGUUUACCCCAGCUGUGCGCAUCUCAAAGUGUUAAUGUAAAUAGAAGUCAGUCUGCAACAAACUCCGCUGCUGAAUGUCUCCCUCAAUCAUGCCCAUCCCCUUAUGAAGCUUCCCUUUCGUCUAAUUUAUCUUGCGUUUGUGCUGCACCUCUUCUUGUUGGAUAUCGGUUGAAGAGUCCUGGCUUUUCAUAUUUUCUUCCAUAUAUGAGAAGAUUUGAGGAGUACCUUACCUUUGGACUUGACUUGGAUUUUCGUCAGCUAUAUAUAGAUUCGUUGGAAUGGGAAGAAGGACCUCGACUGAGAAUGUACUUGAAGCUCUAUCCUGUUUAUAAUGCCAGUAGCAAAAGUGGUAAUAUGUUUAAUAGAAGCGAGGUUCGACGAAUCGGGAGCAAGUUCACAGGAUAUAAUAUUCCUGAUAGUGACAUAUUUGGACCAUAUGAACUUCUCAACUUCACUUUACCGGACAUCUAUAAGGAAGUCACCACUUCAACAUCUGGUAUAAGCACGGGUGCACUGGUUGGCAUUGUACUGGGGGGCAUUGCUGCGGCGGUUACAUUCUCUGCAGUUGUCACGCUCUUAAUCUUGAGAAUGCGUUUGAGGAACUACCAUGUAACUUCAAAACAAAGGCAUACUUCUAAGGCCUCAAUUAAGAUAGCUGGUGUCAAGAGCUUUACUUACUCGGAAUUGGCCAUGGCAACAAACAAUUUUAACAGCUCCACUCAAAUUGGCCAAGGUGGGUACGGAAAGGUUUUUAGAGGCACUUUGGCUGAUGGCAUGGUAGUAGCCGUAAAACGUGCACAAGAGGGAUCGUUACAGGGUGAGAGGGAGUUCCUUACUGAAAUUCAAUUAUUGUCAAGAUUACACCAUCGAAACCUUGUGUCUUUGAUUGGAUAUUGUGAUGAAGAAGGCGAGCAGAUGUUGGUAUACGAGUUUAUGUCAAAUGGCACUCUGAGGGAUCAUCUUUCUGGUAAGUCUAAAGAACCUCUGAGUUUUGCAACGAGAUUAAGAAUUGCCUUUGGUUCGGCCAAGGGAAUCCUCUACCUACACACAGAAGCUGAUCCUCCCAUAUUCCAUCGAGAUAUCAAGUCCAGCAACAUACUAUUGGAUUCGAAGUUCACUGCAAAGGUUGCUGAUUUUGGACUAUCAAGACUUGCCCCAGUUCCAGAUGUAGAAGGGGCAGCGCCUGCUUAUGUAUCUACAGUUGUAAAGGGGACUCUGGGUUACCUCGACCCCGAGUAUUUCCUAACACAUAAGUUGACAGACAAGAGUGAUGUAUAUAGCCUAGGUGUUGUAUUUCUAGAGCUAUUGACUGGGAUGCAUCCGAUCUCACAUGGCAAACACAUUGUUCGAGAGGUAAUUUUGUAACCUCAUCUCUUAACUUGAAAUUCGGAUUUUGAUUGCAGUGACAUCCUCCACUUCACAUGGGAAAUAUUAGGCUGAAAAUGAAAGUUAUUGGAUCAUUACACUA